AUGCAUACCCCAGGACAUGCACUAGUCGGGAGUGGAAGAGCCCUCCGCAAAGUCCCGGGCGACUCCGAGUCGCGAACCGGACGGCCGUGGCAGUGGCCCACACUGUCCAGCCGCGAACGCACUCUGGCCGAGGGUGGGCAUUUUUUUGGCGCACAAACGCCGUGGCAGGCGAGACUAACGAAUGCACCGAGCCCAUCGAGAGGCCAAUUCGAGACGUGUCGUUCGGUAGAUCAUAGCCAGGGCCCCAAACAGCCAGUCAACAUUCUGUACCAACAUUCGGCCACACGAAAAGUACCGCAAAUGGACGAAGGGCCUCCUUCGGAAAAUCGCGACGAAAGCCGUCGGUCAAAAACAGACGGAGAGUGGGACGGGGACCAACACCCCUCGAGUGGCCUCAAUCGGCCAUCUGAGACGGACUCGGAAACAGUUGUGCCAUGUACUCCCGAUUCUAGCCAGAUUAGGUCCAAACGACCCCGAAGCCACAAAGUCGUCGUCAGUCCAAAACCAAGACAAUAA